AGCCCUCAUUCAAGAACAAUCAAAUGAGUUUUCUUGAUAAUUCGAUAGUACGGGUACGUAACACAAACAAGUCUGUGAAAACUAUUGCGAUUUUUUUCACAUGUAUCCUGGAUAAGAGAGUGGAGUAGCAGUAGCCGUGUUCAUUCGUGAAGUGACUUUGCGAGUGUGUAAACAACCACCGAAAAUGAGCUCGCAUCACCACUUGAAUCCAUCAUCUGGCGAAAUAGAUCAUAUUCACUUUGUCUCUGAAGACGUCGGCGCUUUGUAUCGCAGUGAAGACUAUUCAGAUGUCACAUUGGUGGUGGCGGGUCAAAAAUUCAAUACUCACAAACUUAUUCUUGCCGCACGUAGCGAGUACUUUCGAGCUCUGCUGUUUGGUGGUAUGAGAGAAUCCAUGCAAAAUGUAAUAGAACUGCCAAGCGCUACAUUGCCUGCAUUUAAAGGUUUACUUAAGUAUAUAUACACUGGUCGUAUGUCUCUCACCAAUGAACGUGAUGAGGUGAUCCUUGAUACCCUUGGGCUGGCGCAUUUAUAUGGUUUUCUAGACCUUGAGGCUGCUAUAUCUGACUAUCUCAGAGAAAUACUUAGUAUAAAGAAUGUAUGUUUAAUUAUCGACACUGCUUUUUUAUAUCAGUUGGAAUUCCUGACUAGGGUUUGCCUCGAAUACAUGGAUAAACAUGCACCUGAGGUUAUCCAACAUGAAAACUUUUUACAAUUAAGUCCAGAAGCUUUAAAGAAAUUAAUUUCCAGAGAUUCCUUCUAUGCACCGGAGAUAGAUAUCUUCUUGGCAGUAGAGAUGUGGGUCAAAGCCAAUCCUGAUGUUAACGCAAGUGAAGUUUUAUCUCAGUUAAGAUUGAGUCUAAUUUCGAUCACGGAUCUUUUGAAUGUUGUGAGGCCAACUGGAUUGGUUUCGUCAGAAGCGAUUUUAGACGCGAUAUCUGCGCGGACGCAAACGCGCGAUUCGGAACUCGAGUACCGUGGCCGUUUACUUGUCGAUGAUAAUGUUGCUCAUUCAAUGCACGGUGCUCAGGUAUUACAAGGAGAGAUGCGUAGUUACCUGUUAAACGGAGAUGUCCUCAACUAUGAUAUGGAGCGUGGUUACACGAGACACACUAUAACAGAGUCGCCAGAACAGGGCAUCUUAAUUAAGUUGGGAACGCAAUGUAUUAUAAAUAGUGUGAAAAUGUUACUGUGGGAUCGAGAUAUGCGAUCGUAUUCGUAUUACAUAGAAGGAUCCAUGGAUCAGAAGGACUGGGUCAAAUUAGUCGAUUAUUCGGAUUAUUUUUGCCGCAGUUGGCAAUAUCUAUAUUUUGAACCAAGAGUAGUUCUUUAUAUACGUAUCGUAGGAACAAAUAACACAGUGAAUAGGGUUUUUCACGUUGUCAAUUUUGAAGCGUACUACACAAAUCAUACUGAGAAACUUAGCGACGGUUUUGUUGUACCGACGCGAAAUGUCGCUGUUACAGAAAAAAGUGCAUGCGUUAUAGAGGGUGUGAGCAGAAUACGUAAUAAUUUAUUGAAUGGCGAUACGUCGAAUUACGAUUGGGACAGUGGUUACACGUGCCAUCAACUGGGUUCCGGGUCUAUUCUGGUGCAAUUGGGACAACCAUAUAUGCUACAUUCUAUGCGAUUAUUGCUUUGGGACUGCGAUAAUCGUUCGUACUCGUAUUAUAUAGAAGUAGCGGGCAACACCUGGGACUGGUCAGUAGUUGCCGACAAAACUAGAGAGUCCUGUCGAUCUUGGCAAACAGUAUAUAUUGAUCCACCUCGUCCAGUUGUUUACAUACGUAUAGUGGGGACACACAAUACUGCGAACGAGGUGUUUCACUGUGUACAUUUUGAAUGUCCAGCACAAGUGGAUGAUAAAUCUCCAAAAUCACCAGUACAGCGAUCAGUAUCAUCGAUAUCGCCGAGUAGUAAUAAUAAUCCUUUGCCUCCCCCACCUCUUCCCGAAGUAGCUACGGAAGCGGUUAAUUUCGACGACGACGUUCAAGCUAAUUAAAGUGGGCGGGUAAGCACAUGAUAAGAGAUACGAGAGUGACAGCGAUAACCGCUCUCGUUUUUCUAAGUUAGUCGAAUUUGGAUGAACUCUGAGCGACCUCAAUGCAACUUUUAAGACUGUCCAAUAAUGACCGUUAAAUGUAAGAUUAUGAUUAGUCUUUCUGUUUUCUUGAUUAUGAAUAUUGUAGGUUUUUAUUGUGCCUUGAUGACUUUAGGUGUAAGGAGGAAUACAUGGCGGCUGCCAAUUUUGUAAUCACAGAAGAAUAGAAAUUUGAUGUUAUCACAAAUGCUAGUCGGCGGUUUAACGAAAUACAUUAUUUAUUUUGGAGAAUUUUUUUGUAGUUCUUUUUUUAUGAAGAUUGUUUUUCUUUUUGAAAAUGAAAUUUAUCAGCAACGUUCUGCUUAUAUGUUAAGUAUAAUUAUGUUUUAUUUUAACAUCACUUUAUUUUAAUAAUUGUUUUUUCAAUUAUUAUACGCGAAAUAGUAUAUUUUUGUCGUUCCUUAAUAUAUUAAAUAUGUAAAUAGUUAAUUAUAAUUACAGAUGUGUUUGUUUAUUGGAAUAUUUGGUACUUUUGCGUCUGCCAAGUUUUACAUAAUACCAGAGGUACUAAGACUUAAAUUAACACAUCGAGUAUGCAAAAGUUAGGAGACUAUCCUAUUUAUGAAAUAUGUAAUAAGAGUCGAAUUUUUAAUGUUCGUAUGAUAACAGUAUUUAGAACGAUGUUUAAUUGCAGUAUUUUUAGUUUUUAUUUUUUUUUAUCGUAUUUGAUAUAAGUGAAAUUUUAUAACAUGAAAAUACUUGAAUAUAUAAAAUAAUAUAUCUUUAUGAGGAAUUAAUCAAUGUGAUUAAAAAUUGGCAACUGCUAUAGAUCACCGUGUACGGAGAUCUUUUUUCUAUUCUACAUUACCAAAUACUUUGUAAGUACGCGAUUACUCAAAAUACCAAUACUCUAUUAAUAUAAUGGUGUCUGGUUCUCCAAUAUUUCUUCUUUUGUAAAGACUUUUAUUGCGAUUUUGACCUUUUGUACAUACGAUGUAAAUUAUUUUUCUAGUCCGCAUACGUCGUCCGUUUGAAAUAUGAUAAUAUCCUGAGAAAAUUUAGCUGUGUAAAAAGUUUCAUUGUGCUGCGACCAAUAAAAUAUUCUGAUAUUUUAGUGAAUUUGAA